CUCUUGACGACUACCUGCUCGACCUGCUUGCCGCCAAAAUGCCGAGAUGCUUCGCGGUCCUUUCCUUAUUCGUCCUUCGCUUUCUCAAGGCGAGAGGGCAGAGCUUGUGUCCCGUUCCGGAUGACAUCUCCCCAUGCUUCUGCUACGAAGACGAAAUUUUCGGAUUCGUUGUCGUGGACUGUUCACCGGCGGCGUCGGGCGAGGAAAUCUUCUCGACCUUCAAUGACGCCGUCUGGCCGGUUUUGGAACUGGGACAAUUUCGGCUUACUUACAACGAGGCGGUUCAAGAGUUGCCAGAAGGAGUCUUCGGUGAUAAAUCAUUCUCGCAAGUGAUCAUUUUGAAUUCAGCCAUCGGCGUCAUACACCCCACUGCCCUAUUUCCCUCCCGAAGUCGCCUCAAUUUCCUGAUGAUCGCCGAGACCGCCCUGAGAGACUUUCCCGUCGACGACCUCUCGCAAUUCGCCGCUCUCGGCGACCUCUUCCUCAGCGGCAACGCGUUGACCCGCCUGCCGCCGAUCGGGAGCGACGCGCUGGGGUCGCUCAUCAUCGACGAGAAUCAGAUCACAACGCUCGAAGCCGGGUCGUAUCUCCCGAAUUUGCAGGUCCUCCAUCUGGAGAUGAAUCCCAUCUCGGAGGUCCAGCUUGGAUUCUUCACGGACUUGGGCAACUUGAGGGAUUUCCGCUGCAAUCACUGCGACCUCGGACCGACGCUACCGACGGGUUCCUUCGAGUUUUAUAACUCAGGAGUGGGAAGGGUUUUCCUUCAAUAUUGUGGGAUAUCAAGCUUGGAACCGGGUGCAAUGACUGGCUUCGGGAUCGACACGGAAAUCUAUCUUGAAAACAACGACAUCAGGGAAUUGACGGAAGCUGUAUUUCGCCCCAUGGUGGAGAUCGCCUCGCAGGGAAAUGGGCUCAUCCAUCUACACGGUGAGUUACCUGCUAAAGCCACAGCCUUGCACGUCCCCUACUCUGCGUUCCUCUGA